AGCCCGCUCCUUUGUGAAAACGAGCCGGUCCGAGUGAGCAGCUGCUGCAGGCGCGCAGGCCUGUGCCGCACCCUUUCUGCUCCUCCCGGUACUCGGAUCAGUGCGCGCAGGUAACGACCAGCCCAACUACAGGAAGCAGCAGGAAAGUGCCAACCCAGGUGACGGAGACUAUCCACCGCGUGUGGGACUCAAAGAAAAGGCUGGAAUGGAGUCUGGAUGGAAAUAGAUAAAAGAAAAACACAAUAGCUUAGGAGAAUUGCUUUUUAUUUUGGCACCUCUGUUGGUGUUUUUUAAAAUCUUUGCGCCUCGAGGGUGUUGAAAGUGCGCAGGAGGAGCGCUCAGGUGCGCGUUGUUUCUCCACUCGACGACUUCUAAUCAGGAUAUACUUGACGAAGGAGUUCCCAAACGCCAGGAAAGAUUGACCAUCCAGUGUCCCACACAGCUGCACCCCGAAGGCUGCCGACUUCACACUGGAUCCCUCCGGUGCUCACCUGUCCAUCUCCAAACCACCGAAGCGGGCGAGCCUGAAUGCCGCCUUAGUCCUUCCCCUGUGCUCUCUGUCUGCAGCGCCGCCCUCCUCUCCUCUCUCCUCUCCGUCUCCUGCCUGAUCCCACGUCCGCCUUCGGUCUCAGCAUGGAUACCAACACCGCGGACAAGGAGGGAUGCUUCUUCAACCAGACCGUCAAGUUUUUCUACGAGGAGAGUGGCAAGAACAUCAGCAACCACUGGCGCAAACGUGACUAUGUGAUUGUCACUCUGGGAAUGACAGUUUGCUUCGUUGUUAUUUUUUCCAACCUUUUGGUCAUUGCGGCCAUUUUCAAAAACCGACGCUUUCACUUUCCUAUCUACUACCUGUUGGGUAAUCUGGCUUUGUCAGACCUUUUCUCAGGUGUCUCCUACCUCCACUUGAUGUUUCAUACCGGUCCCUGGACCAUUAAGCUGUCCAAGUACCAGUGGUUUGUGCGUCAGGGGCUGAUCGACACCAGCCUGACAGCCUCGGUCCUCAACCUCCUGGCCGUCGCCGUGGAGCGACACCAAACCAUCUUCAACAUGCAGCUGCACAGUAAGAUGAGCACCCGGCGUGUUUUCGUCAUCAUGGUGUUCAUCUGGCUGCUAGCGAUAAUCAUGGGUCUGGUUCCCACCAUGGGCUGGCACUGCCUGUGCGACCUGCCCAACUGCUCCACCAUGGCGCCGCUGUACAGUCGCAGCUACCUGGUGUUCUGGGCCCUUCUCAACUUGCUGACCUUCUCCAUCAUGGUGGCUGUCUACACCCGGAUCUUUAUUUACGUGAGGCACAAGAGCAAGCAGAUGUCUCAGCACACCACCCAGCAAAGACACAGAGAAACGGUGUUCAACCUGAUGAAGACCGUCUCCAUGAUCCUGGGCUGCUUUGUGAUCUGCUGGACGCCCGGCCUGGUCGUGCUGCUGCUCGACGGUCUGGGCUGCGACAAGUGUCAGGUGCUCCGCUUUGAGAAGUACUGCCUGGUGCUGGCCGAGUGCAACUCCUUCGUCAACCCAAUCAUCUACUCCUUCAGGGACAAAGACAUGAGGAGGACCUUCAAGGAAAUCCUAUGCUGCCUGUGCCGGCGGAGCAGAAGAAACGGAGGCACCUCUGAAGUUCACUUUAACACCGUGGAGCACGAGAAGUGUCAUAGCGUCGACCUGAUAGAGAGGAGCAAUGGGACGCCUCUCAUCUCUGAGAAGAAGAACAAGAAGAAGAAGACACCAGAAGACGUCCCUACCUCUUCAGAAAACUGGAAGUAACUCAUGCAUUUUCGAUACGCUCAUGAUGUGCGUACACACACCUGACAGCUGAGAUCCACCGAUCCGUGUACGCACAUACAGACGAGCCUCAGGAGGUGUGGCGGGAGUCAAAAGGGAUUUACUUGUUCCAGUUGGAUUUGUACCCCUGCUGCCAGCAGACGUUGGUCACUUUGUCUCAUGAAGCCAUGAGGAUUAACUUCUCACAUUAGUUGGCCAAAAUGACAGCUGGUGUAUCUUCUAAUUUCAACAAAAGUGCUCCGUUGUCAACACCCAGCGACACGAGGAGACAACAGACAUUUACGCAACAUGAGGGACGUGUGAGAGCUCAUUUCCUGAGGAGACACAAAUAAACCUCCCGUUUUUUCCCCUGAAGGGGGAAGACGAAGAACACCUGGAACAAGCUUCAUGGAAGAACUGACUCAAAAUGUGUGGACAAGUCGCAGAGCAUGUGAUUGUUGAUGCCAACGAGGAAGAAGUCCAGCACCUGUAAAGUCCACUCAUCACAGCUCAUGUUCUGAUACAAGUUUGAAUUGUGUAGUAAAUCCUCUUUCAUGAAGAUUCUAAAGUUUUUCUGAAACGGCUUUUGAAGUUGUUGUGUGAUCAGAGGUGAACCCCGUUCUCUAGUCUGGACAAAAUAAUAGAAACCCUCUGCUGUGUAAUGAAAUACAGCUCGACCUCCAGAAAGUGAUCAUCAAAUCAAAUCAAGUUCACAGUCAUUGUUCUGUACACACCCAGUAGUACAGGCAAGAUGAGAGGGCGACGGUGCAGCUGAAUAAACGCCUUCACAAAGGGACGAUUCACAUCAGGACUGUUGACGCAGACUGCAUUAGCUUUAGCUGAGUGUUAACUGGCAGCUGGGUGUUUAGCUAAUGGUUGGGAAUCUGAUGAUGUCGAGGUUCAUUUAUAUAAAAAAAAAGAUAUAAGCUCAGAGAAAGGUCAACAUCAGUCAUUAAUAAGGCUGUAAAGAAUUAGAAGGCGUAGCUGAUGCUAUGUUUGGGGUUAAUAAACCGUUUCUUAAUGCUUUUGUGAUCACAAAUGAGUUAUUAACCUGAUGUUUGGGUUUCCAAAUUGUGUAACUUGCUCAAUUUUUUUUUAAUCUUCAGUUCACACAGGAGGCCCUCUCGUAGACGGAUCAGCCAUUUGCAGAGCGAUCACGUGAAAAAUCUGUUUCCUAGAAGCUGCUGCCUUUUAAAGGCUCGAAGCUUCGUACUGUCCAGAUGGGUGCUGGCUUUUAUAUGGUUCUUUCUGUUUCAUUUUAUAACUGCCACAAUCCCUUUUUACAACUAAAUAUACUGGAUUUUAUACUUCUGAAUUGAAGACCUAAAAGAUUAAUACAGUCACAGCUUUUCCUCACUGAUUUGCUGCAUACUUUUAGUCUAAAUUUUACUAUAAUUGGGUUAAAAACUCACAACCCUUGUCAAGAUAAAUACAAAAAGCGAAGAGGAUAAACGGCCAAUACUAAGUAGAAUACUCACCACAUGGGAACCCAAAGCUAGCUUUUAUUUAUGGCUUGUUAUUGAUGUAAAAGUAAGCUAUUUAUGAACAUUAACAAAGCCUUUAGUCAGAACAUUUAACCCCGCUACAGCCUCUCUGCAUUUGUUUUAUACAAAUCAACGUCUUCUUGGGUUAGAUUGCUGCAAAAUUGUACAUGUUGGAUAUUUUAUACUUUUUUUUUCCCCCCAAUGUUUUCAAGUGUAAAAAAAUAAUGUGUGUUGGGUCAUUUCUGCCGCUCACAAAGUGGAUGUUUUCUUGAUGUUGCUCUUAAAUAUCAAAGCAAACACACUGGCUUGUAAUUUAACGGCUUUAGUGGCGACUGGGGUUUGAGUUCAGAGCCUCUGAACUGUUUUUGAUUCACAGACGACAGAUAAUGCUACAAGCCGUUCCUUCCUCUUGGCUCUAUUCUUGUUGUGUGUGUUUUUGUGUGUGUGUGCUGCUGGUAUCAUGUAAACUGCCUCUGUGCUGGACUAACACAUGACACAAUAUUGUAAAUAGUUUGUGAUCUACAACUUUAUUUAUGAUCACAUUCUGACAGUAGAUCUAAUGUACAGUAUGUAGUGCAGAUUUGCCGUCAGAGACAAUUAAACAUACAAGUUUGUCAGGAUGACGCCACAAAUGUCUGUUACCUUGUUAUUAAGCGUGAAUAACUGAACAAAAAACAUGAAGUUUUAGCUGAUUAUGCAAGUAUCAAGUGAAACUGACAUGAAAAUGUUAAUAGGAAGGAACCUUUAUGGAUGUAUGUUGUGUUUUGUGUCUCGCUGUGAUCAUCUACUUCUCAGUAACUCUGUGAUGCCAUUAAAAACAUUGUGUAUCUCUCUCUCA